AUGGCAAAAAACACCAGUGAGGACCUUACCCGACAGUUCGCCAUCUACCAAGCGAUCGCUCACCAUCCACGCAUCACACAAUGUCUGGGUCUCGAAAAAGACACGGUGGGCAACGCCAUCGCGCUCCGUCUCGAGCGCGCACCGAUGGGCGACCUGCGGGGCUUCAUUGAGGAAAACUCGCCACCAUCGAUUAAACAGCGCGCAGCCAUGGCAGCCAAUUCGGCAGAAGGGGUUAAACAUCUCCACUCCCGCAAAGUCACUUGGGGUGAUCUUUCCACCCGCAACACGCUUGUUUUUGAUGGAAUGGACCUUAAACUUUGCGACUUUGCCAGCGCUGCACUCGAGAACGUAUAUCCGGAGUUCGGGCAGCAUACCUACGAACUGCUUUACUGGCCGGCGAUGACCCUGGACGAUAUCGAGCAGCUUAACAUGUACCAAAAGGAGUUAUUCGCCUUGGGGUCGGCCAUUUAUGAGAUUAUGGAAUGGGAAAAGCCGUAUGCCAAGUUUGACGAUCUUGAGGUCGACAGGAUGCUCUGCGGGGGCCAGAGGGCUACGAUUUCGGUGGGGAACUGUGCUGGAGAUAUCAUUGUGCGUUGUUGA